AUGGGCUGGAAAGAGAACGGAAAGUUUGGAGUGACAACUGGGCGAACAGUUCGUGCGCCUUUCGCAAGGACUUUAAAGUGCUGCCGUGGCGAAGAGAUGGUCCUGAAAUUUACCAGGGGAACAGAGAACUUAUCCAGCGAUGAGUUGCAGGAUUUCCUGAAGGAGAACGAUAUAGACGAUGGUCUUGGAGAUUUCAAUGAGUUUACAACCAGGUUAUUGAGAAUUCAAGGUGUCGAUCGUUGCUGUCAUGUUCAUUACUCCCUCAAAAAACGAAAACGAUGGCAACUAGCAGAGAACGUAAAGCAAAUGGAACAUACAAAGGAAACUGCCCCUAAUGUGACUUUUAUUCACCGACGAGUGGACAGAAAACGCACAGCAGAUUGCUUUGAAGUGGUAAGAGCUAAGGCAGGCGAAGUUUUGCAGCCCAGAAAGCGUAAAUAUGCAAGAGCGCAAGACUUGCUUAAGAGAUCUGAAAAGGCGGAACUGGAACCAGAGGUUUGCUAUGAGAUGAGGUAUCGUUAUCCAAGGAAUGAGUAUCCACAGUGUAAAGAAGUCCCUAUAAAAUGCAGAUGUUCGUUAUGUAGGUGGUUUGAUCCUAACCCUGGCAAAGCGUUAUGCAAGAACAAAGGUGCAAAGAACAAAGGGCGUCGCUGGGGUCUGUACUCUGAUGCUGACCUUAGAAGUGGACACAUAAAAGAAAAGAAACCAGUACUGCAGGAGAACUCACAGAGAAACACUUCUGGUGGAAAAGUCCAAGCCGUUGAUUCAACUGAGUUU